AUGGUAAUAAACUAUCAACAACAAACUACCAGCAUCACAGGAGAACCCCUGGGUCUCAUCAGUCUCGGCCUGGGUGAGCGAAUUUCUGUGAAAAUGAGAAAUGACAGAGCUUUAGGUAGAUGACAUGCUUUUGAUUGACAUUUAAAUAUGGUACUGGGAGAUGUGGAAGAAACUGUGACUACUAUAGAAAUUGAUGAAGAAAUGUAUAAAGAGGUAUAUAAAUCAACAAUACAGAAUAUUCCAGGGCUCUUUGUCCUGGCAGAUGGUGCUGUACUGUUUGCCCCUCCUUUGAGAGUUGGCUGAAACAAAGAAUUUAUCUUGUAUGGAAAAUAGGAGGCUUUGUAUGAUUGCCUCU